AUGGAGAAGAUCGGCGACCGCUUGUCCUCGAUGCCUUACGUUUCCGCUCUUGUAGCGCGAAAGAAGUUUUUGUUUGGCACAUUCAUAGUUUUCUUAAUACUUACAGCCGUCUCUUUGACAGAAAAGGAGGACGUCACUGCAUGGUCGAAUUCGAGCGGCACCUUCAGCAAAAUACACGGCACCAAUGGCACCCUUCACAACGCCACGGCGCCCCAGAGUAGCGCCACCUUGAUCCCCAUCGGACAAGGGUACAAACGCCCGGGAUAUGAAUCGCCGCUGGCCAACGGUAUACCACUGCGCAUCAUGGCUAUUGGCGCCUCGACGACCCGAGGAGAUGAGAGCUUCGACAACAAUGGCUUCCGCCGGCCGAUCCGAGAGCAUCUCACUGCCAUAGGAAAUCCCGUCAACUUUGUGGGCACGCAGCGCAUUGGAAGUAUGUUGGACAAUGAUAUUGAGGCAUACCCCGGCGCCCGCACAGGUCAGAUGCAUCGUCAUGCUCUCGAUGUUGUUCCCCGGACCAAGCCCAAUCUUUACUUGGUGAAUGUGGGCUCCAACGACUGCUUCCAGCAUUGGGACAUUCCCAACUUCUACAAGCGCUACUAUUCUCUUGUAGAUUACCUUCUCACUGCCUCGCCGCGAGCGACAGUAGUCAUGGGAACGCUGCUGCCCACCACUGAAACGGAGCGGUUCAACGGCUCGGCGGACGUGGCCAUUGUCAAUCAGCAAAUGCAACGCUUGUACAAGAUCUUCAAGAGCGAGGGCAAACCCGUUGUUCUUGCCGACAUGACUGGCCCCGAUGGCAUUCAAGACACGGAUCUCGCCUGGGACGGUAUGCACCCUACAUCCGCAGCCUAUAUCAGAAUGGGCCAGAUCAUGAUUCGCUCCAUCAUCGAAGCCGAUGCGCGGGGCUUCUUGCGACCAGCAGAACCGGUGCACGGCCUGAUCCAGGACGGCGAUUUGGAACACCAAGAUGAGGCCUACGGCAAAUGGGCCAACGAUCAAAAGCAGAUCGAGUACGCAAAGCAAAAAACUGAGGAAGAAGAGAUACGCCGCAUGACGGAGGAGCUGAAUGAGUGGAGGUCCUCCCCAGAGCUGCGGGAAGCAUUCGCCGAUGUCGUACCAAAACUGCGCCGACGUGCCUCAAGGGAAACAUCUGAAGAACUUAUUUGA